ACACCGCACCGCACAUUCCAGAAAGUGCAAGAAACGCUUUUCUCCCGGCUUCCAAUUAUUACUCUCCUUUCUCUGUUUCCUUGCCAUUACUUCAUCUGCAGUGCUCCUCUCUCUCUCAAUUUCUGCAAUUCCUCUUUUCUCCAAUGUCGAUCGUUCCUGUCAGUGACCAAACAGGAACUAACUCCUCCUCUUUGGACUUGUGGGAUGCAGAGGGCUUCUUCCCAUCACUAGAUCUUUGGGACCCAUUCCAAAAUUUUCCUUUCCCAUUCCCAUCUUCCAUACUUUCCAGCAGUUUCCCAUCCUUAGCUGGGGAAAUUUUCCCAUCGCUUGAAACCCAUGUCGAUUGGAAGGAAACCCCAAGAGCCCAUGUGUUUAGAGCUGUGUUUCCUGGGUUUAACAGUGAUGAUGUGUUGGUUUUCAUUGAUGAUGAUAAUAUGCUUCAAAUUAGCACAGAGAAUGGUAAGUUCAUGAGCAAGUUCAAGUUGCCUGAUAAUGCGAGAAGAGAUCAAAUUAAGGCAGGUAUGGUAAAUGGAAUUCUCACUGUGACUAUUCCUAAGGAAGGUGGUGCUGGUGCUAGAUCGCCUAAUGUAAGAGCCAUUGAAAUUUCUGGUUCUGGUUAAAAUCUUUAUCUAUCUAUGUGUGUGUGUGUUUCUGUGCUGUUAUAGUUCUGGAGUUUGUGUUUUGUAGAGUGUGCGUGGAGAGGAGAGAGAAGGGUAUGAUGAGGUGUGCUGUCUUGGAUUUUCUUGCUUGUGAUAUGUUUGCUUGUGAUAUGAGACUUGAUUUUAUGAUAUGAAUAGUUUUGCUCUUGUA